AUGAACCACAGCAUUGUUACUGAGUUCCUGGUUCUGGGCCUCACCAAAAACCCUGCACUCCAGGGAAUUCUCUUCUUUGUGUUUCUCUUCAUCUACCUGGUGGCGUUCCUGGGCAAUACACUCAUUGUGGUGGCCACCAUCUACAACGCCACCUUGCACACCCCCAUGUACAUUCUCCUUCUGGCUCUGGCCAUCGUGGACAUUGUCUGCACCACGACCAUCAUACCAAAGAUGCUGUGGGCCAUGCUGACAUCAAAAAAGACCAUUUCUUAUGGGGGCUGCAUGUCCCAACUCUUCUUCUUCACGUGGUCCCUGGGGGCUGAGAUGGUUCUCUUCACCACCAUGGCCUAUGACCGCUACGUGGCCAUCUGCUUCCCCCUCCACUACAGCACCAUCAUGAACCACUACAUGUGUGCAGCCUUGCUCAGCAUUGUCAUGGCCAUUGCAAUCACCAAUUCCUGGGUGCACACAGGUCUUAUCCUGAGGCUGACUUUCUGUGGGCCAAACACGAUUGACCACUUCUUCUGUGAGAUACCCCCGCUGCUGGCUCUGUCCUGCAGCCCAGUGAGAAUCAACGAAGUGAUGGUAUACGUGGCAGACAUCACUCUGGCCGUAGGAGACUUCACCCUCACGUGCAUCUCCUAUGCCUUCAUCAUCGCUGCCAUCCUCCGCAUCCGCACCACAGAAGGCAAGAAGAAGGCCUUCUCCACCUGCUCCUCCCACCUCAUAGUGGUGUCCCUGUAUUAUUCUCCCGUCAUCUACACCUACAUCCGCCCUGCUUCCAGCUACACAUUCGAGAAGGACAAGGUGGUGGCUGCACUCUACACUCUCGUGACACCCACGUUAAACCCCAUUGUGUAUAGCUUCCGGAACAAAGAGAUGCAGACAGGGAUUAGGAAGGUGUUCUCAAUUCUGAAGCUCUAG